AUGCUGGACCCAGUGCAGGAUGCUACAUUCUGGACUGAUGGGUCCAUUUUUGAGGAUCUUCUGGCUGGCCCAGGUCGCCAGCCCUACGAAUGGCCAAUGGAGGAUGUACAGCAAAAUGGAACCAAUGAGAACAAGCAGCUCCUCUCUUUGCACGAGCUGACACCAGAGCCAGAUCCGAGUCUGUUGAUGCCAAUGCAGCAGCUCUUCGAGGGUGGAUUCCAGGAGUUUUACCCUCAGGGCGAAGGCUCCGAGAUGGCGAUGCAAGAGAUGGAUAUGGCUGCAUUCUUUCAGAUGCAGGCCCAGGCAGCUUCAUGGAAUCGUCGUGGUAACCAAAAAGAAGAGUCUUGGCGCCGGGAUCGUGAGCGUUGGUAUUCCAACAACCAGUGGUAUCGGCAGCCAACCUCCAAAGAUGAUCCUCCUUACAAGGCAGCAAAGGCUGGAAAGGAGCUGCGUACCCUUUUGGACUUCUAUUACGAGCCGUUCAACCUGCAACACAACAAGUUCAUGCUGGAAUUGAUCAUGACGAAAGUGGGAAUGCCACGGCAGGCUUUGUUGAGCAAGAAUACACUGGCAGAGCUUCGAUUUGAUCUGGAGGAGUUGAAAGGCCUCAAUCGGCUCUACUCGUGUUUUGAACGCGUGGAGUAUGGUCACUGCAAGAUGGUUGCGCUUGAUGAUCCUGAAGGUGCUGGCUUCAAGUUGCAACGCCAUUGGAUCAAACCAGGACAAAGCGGACCAAGCGUUGAUUUCCAUCUCACCAAUUUGCGUUUUAUGCGCAGUGGCGAAUUCAUGUUGCGGAAGCUGGCCGAGGUGCGCAGCUUCAACGUCAAGGAGGACGUGGACGUCGAAGGCCUUUUCGCUCGCUUCAUGAGCGCACCGGUCGACAUGGAGGAGGCACCAAAGAACAAGUUUGUCAUAGCGUCAUUGAAUUGCAGUGGAGUAAGAGAAAGGAGUCUGGCUGAGGAAUCUCUUCAAUCAAUGGAGGGCCGCAUCAGGCGGCAAGUCAUGUUGUAUCAGCCGGACCUCAUUUGUAUCCAGGGUCUUGACCCAUGGCAGGGACGCGUCGGCUUUGGCCUAGCUUCCUCACUGAUGGAGACUGGCUAUCACGUCGCUGCUUCUGGGGGUGAACCCAGUGAGACCAGCACCAUUUUCUACCACGAGAAGCGCUUUGAGUUGGUGUCCAGCGCCAGAGGUUUGGCAGUUGCUGAUCUGAAAUUCCUUCAGGCAGACGCUCCGACCCUCCGGGUGGCCUGCAUCCGGGCAGAGGUGCCUCCAUCAAUAGACCUCCAGAAGCUGCUGAACCAUGAGGCCAAAGCCUUGGUCGUCGUAGCAGAUUGUUUGCCAAUCGGAGGUGCUGAAAUUUUACACAUGGUGCAGGAACUUGCAGAGUUGCGCUCAGCUUAUAGGGAGCUUGCGAAGGAGGAGGUCUAUGCGCCAGUGGGAAAAUGGGAUCCUGUAGCCGGUUGCCAACGGGCAGAGCAGAUAGGCCCAACUUUGGACGGCUCAAGUGGACUUCUGAAGCUGCACAGCCCAGAUUGCAUUUUGUACAGCGGUGCCGUGGAUGCGAUUGCUACGCUGGCAGGGCACAGUCCGAUGUACAUUACAACUAUGGGCGCAGAGGAAGCUUCUGCCCAAUUUCCCACCUUUCGCAUGCCCCUGCUGUCGGUCUUCCAGUGGAGGCCUUCCCCUCAGGACCAUGAAGACCGGCAGCAAGCAGAGUCGUGA